GGCCAGCAGCCAGCAGGCCAGACACAUCAUAGCAGACUCAGAUUUCAGGUCACCAGGUAUAUGUGCGCACACAAGGUGGCAUUGGCAAAGGUCUGGCUUCCUGGUAUGCUGCCCAAGUGUCCUUCUAGAAGCAAGAGGUUGCUUCUCUGAGUCAGCGGGGAGUCAGCAUCUGGUGGCUUGGCAAUGGCGCUCCCUGGCGUCCUUUGGGAGCUUUCUGAGCUCGAUUUGAUGGGGGUGAAUGGUCUCCACCUUCAUUUCUUGGAAGAACAAAGGGUCAAUUUCUGGAGGGAGCUCUUUGGCGAGCAGGAAAGCUGGCAGUCUGUGGUCAGUGCGACAUGUACGCAGGCGUCUGGACAUGCUCAAGCUGAUUGCUCUGCUUCAGCGGAGUACGUGGACAGCAGCGCUGCGCACCAGGCUUCAGGUGGAUGGCAGAAGAGGCUGCACCACCGCAGCAGGAGUCGGCAGCCUCGCUGUGUGAUGGCGAGAAAGGCGCUCCCGCUGCUGAAUUGCUGCCUUCCACUAUGAUUGUCAGCCCCAUGCCGGGUACAGCCUUUCUUCAUGUCGUAAAGGGGCUGCACGAAGUCAAACAGGUUCCUUCAGCCAGCUCGCCGCUCGCGGAUGCCAAAACGCCGUCUGCAAUCAACGUGCUCGUGGCGAGCACGGUCACAGGUUCGAUGAGCAAUCCCAUUUCUGCACCGGAUGAGGACUCAUUCGGUGCACCCGGCAACAAUACUCCCCCGUCGUCAGCCAUCAGAGCUUUCGUGGCAAGCGCGUCGCGCGGCUUUCUCACCAAGUCGAAGAGAGGCCACCGCAUCUUCCGGAAGGUGGCGGGGACCCUGUGCCAGCGCGCUCGCGAGGAGCUCGGCGCUGCAGGCCUCUUCUGGUCGAAGGCUGCCUGGGAUGGGGGGCUGCAUGCCGCAAUGGCUGGCCUCCAGGCACUCGCGGGCACUGCAGACGCGGGCCUGCAACACGGAUUCAAAGAGGUUUUGACUUUUAUCACGCAGGCCCACCUGGAGGGGCUGCAGCAACCGGCAAGCGCCUCCCGUGGAGCUCACAAGACUGCCGCAAGCCGAGCGCACACGAGCCCAGCGGCCACAAAGCAGGCCUGGUCGUCAGCUUGUGGCGCAUCAAGGAAAGCGAGGGAAGCGAAAGAGGAACUGGCCAUCUACCUCUUUGGGGACAAGGUUCCAUACGGCCUCCUCUGCAAAAACUGCAGCUCCCCCGCAAUCUUUGCCCGGCGAGGGGGCAAGGGAGGGGGCGGUUUUGAAUGCUUCUGCAAGAAGCAUUAUGAGCGAAAGAAUCCUGGUAAUGCUGGCGGCUUCGAGUUGGAGAAGACCCGGGCAGAGUGGGCACGUGUUCGCGAAGUGCGCAAGUUGAAGAGAGAGCUGGCGCAGGCGCUUGACGAGGACGCAGAGCUGAGGAGGGAACAUGCAUGCGACGGAUAUCAGCGCGAUAGUUUUUGCUGGGACGCAACCCCCAAGAGCAGGAAUCUCAUUGCAAAGCUUCUGCUGAUCGGCGGCGUUGAAAGCAAUCCCGGGUGGCCAGCGUCCCUGUCACAGUGGAACGAGAAUAAGGACGCUCCUGUCCCUGAUGUCCGCCCUCGUCGUCAGCUUGUGAUUUUGCCCUCUCGAGAGGUCAUUAAGUGCAAGUCGCUUGCAGGCAUUCCCCGGCAGCUCUACAGAAUUUCUGUUUGGAGAAAUCGAGGAGCGGCGUCGUACAGCGUCGCCCGAAGGGCGGUUGGGACGAAACCAAAGGUCGCCGUGAGCGUGGAAUCUAUCACAAGGCGCUCCCUCUUUUUUUCCUUGGAAGGAGGAAGAACAUCUCGAACAAGGGCGUACGACUUCAACUCCUCGGGGACUUCCACCGACUUCUCAACCAGAGCUCCUCUGGGGACUUGGUCCCCGGUCGUCGCCAACGCGGGCGUGAGCGGCGUUCACUGGGCGAUCACUCACUUCAACACCCUCAUCAUGAUCGACCGGAGCGACUUUGACACCAGCUACGUCAAGGACUCGGCAGGCGGGCAGGCCUCCGCCGCGGUGUUAAAUCUCGCUGACGUCAGCGCCCCGGUGCGCGGGCUUGACGUCAUCGACAACAUGUUCUGCUCUGCGGGGCAGAUGUGGCCCAACGGGACCCUCGUCGAUUCGGGGGGGUUUCAAACGGCGGCGGGUGACCCCCGGGGGUACAACGCGAUCCGGAAGCUGGACACAUGCGCUGCUGAGGAGAGCUGCGACUUCUACGAAGAUCCGGGUGUCACCAUGCUGGCCAAGCGCUGGUACCCGUCCGCGCACCUGAUGCCGGACGGCGUCCGCAUGGUGUUCCUCGGGGGCGCCGUACAGGGCGACGUUCUGCUCUUAGAAUCCACGGACCAGUCUUCGGACACCUACGAGAUGUACCCGCGGACGGCCCCCGCGGACGCUGCCCUACGGACGCUCCCCGUUCUUACGCGCGCGUUCCCGGCGCCGCUGUACCCGUUCGUGCAUUUAAUGCCCAACGGCCAGUUUUUCGUGAUGGCGAACUACCACGCGGCGCUGUUUGACUUCGACACUGGGGAGGAGGUGGUGCUGCCGGAUAUGCCGGGCGCUAUUUCGCGGAGCUAUCCGUACACUGGGACGUCGGUGCUCCUGCCCAUGUCAGUCGAGAACAAGUACACCGCAGAGAUCAUGGUGUGCGGCGGCAGCGCAUUCAGCCCGACCGCGUCGCGCGGCGCGGCCGCGUCCGCGUCCUGCGGGCGCAUCCGUCCGCUGGACGCGAAACCCACGUGGGUUAUGGAAACCAUGCCGGACCCGCGUGUGGGUCCGUACGCAAUCAUUACUGCAAACGGACAGAUCAUCAUCAUCAACGGCGCCCGGCAGGGCCACUCCGGCACCGGCACCGGCGUCUCCAACUCCCACGACCCGGUCCUCACGCCCGCGCUCUACCACCCGGGCGCCGCCGCCGCGGCGCGCUGGACAAACCUCGCGCCGGAAAACACGCCCCGGUUGUACCACGGGCUCGCGAUUCUGGGCCCCGACAGCUGUCUCAUGACCGGGGGAAGUUCCCCGUACGAGUGUCCGCUCGGAAGCGGGCCCACGUGUUUUGGCGCGGCUUGUACUGGGGCUGACGACGGCUGUUACCCGAACGAGUUCAGCAUUAAUAAGUUCUGCCCGCCGUACGUGUCGAGCGGGAUCCCCCAGCCGAAGGUCGCGGUCGCGCCCGCGCAGAUCGGCUACGGCGCGCCGUUCGUGCUGACGUGUGCUGUGCGCGCGGGGCUGGCGGCGCCCGCGGUCCGGGCCGCGAUCAUGAACCCUGGCUUUGCCACCCACUCUCAGAUCAUGGGCCAGCGAUUUGUGUGGCUCGAGGUCGACUACACGACGCUCUCCUAUAACGCUUCUAACGGGGGGGCAACCGUCACGGUGAAAGGACCCCUCGGUAAGGCUAUCGCUCCCCCCGGGUACUACUACCUCUUCUGCCACGACAGCAACAUCCCCUCCACUGCCCAGUGGGUGCAGCUUCUGUAAAGCAAUUGAAUUGUGGGCUGUUAAUUGAAUAAUCCCGCUAGUUUCCCCUCUUUUAAGCCUGAUCAGGAGACAAUCUAAGUAGGUGAGGUUUUUCGGAUAGGAAAAACGACCGCUGAUUGCCCGUGCGCGUACAUGUAUUUUCGGCCUAAAGCUCUGAGGCACAGAAUGUUCUUCGACUGGACUACGUACGUGAUUAUGAAUCGUAACUAGGAGAUGAGAAGAGAUGAGCAGAUUAAUUGGGCGUUUUCAUAUUCCAUCCUGCAAUCGUAGUUGAGGAACCAGGCAAAGUGAUAUCGAUUCGUGCCAAAGUUUUUCGUUGGUCUUCCGCUUCCAAACUUUUCGCGAUAAGACUCAGGAUCGAGACAGCUUUGAAGAUGUGCAAAAACUCUUCUUACACAUGGUAGUCGGUGUGUGCGUGGAUGCAUCAACGCGGC